AUGCCAGGAGCCACGGCGGGUUACUGCAUUCGGGAUUACCACGACAGCGGCCGGCAGGAGGUGAGGAAUUUGUUCGUGACCGGCAUGCGCGAUUACGCCUCCAAGUGCUACUGGCAUAUGUUGACGCGCCAACGCACUCUCCUGGGCCUCCUCGCUGUGAGCGUCGCGCUGUUCCUGAGCUCCGGUUCCCUGCUCCUCGCCCUGCUGGCUGCCCCUGCCCUGUUAGCUGCCGCCUGGCGCCUGCUGGACUCUUACUUUGGUUGGUUCAUCCAGCUGUGUUUGGAAGACGACCUGCGGGACAUCCAGAAAACCUACCUGGAGGGGGAAGAUUCCCAUUUCUGGGUGGCUGAGUCUGAUGGGGAGGUGGUGGCCACAGUCGGUGCCAAGCCCUCUGCUCCUUCUGGAGAUGGCGAGCGCAGAAGGAAGAGGGGCAUUGCCAGAGCUCUGUGCAGGACAGUCCUUUGCUUCGCCCAGCAGCGCGGCUACAAGGGGGUGACCCUGAUUGUGGGAAUUUGGAAUUGGGAGGGCCGGAGGCUGUACAGGAGCCUGGGGUUUAGAGAGAUCGACCGCAUCUCUCCCAAGGUGCUAGUGGGGAAGAUAUUCGAGGACGUUAUUCUUUGUUACCGGUAUGACAGCCCAGCUGGGAGCAGCUGA